UGUGUGUGUGUGUGUGUGUGUGUGUGUGUGUGUGUAUGAACAGCAUGGCCAACAUCGCGGUCCAGCGGAUCAAACGGGAGUUUAAAGAGGUCCUGAAAAGCGAAGAGACGAGUAAAAACCAAAUCAAGGUGGAUUUAGUGGAUGAGAAUUUCACAGAACUGAAGGGAGAGAUCGCCGGACCGCCAGACACGCCUUAUGAAGGUGGCAGAUAUCAAUUAGAAAUAAAAAUUCCAGAGACAUAUCCAUUUAAUCCGCCAAAGGUUCGGUUUAUAACGAAGAUCUGGCAUCCCAACAUCAGCUCAGUAACAGGUGCCAUUUGUUUGGACAUCCUGAAGGACCAGUGGGCGGCGGCGAUGACCCUCCGAACAGUCUUACUGUCUCUACAGGCUCUUCUGGCCGCCGCUGAACCAGAUGAUCCACAGGACGCAGUCGUUGCCAAUCAGUAUAAACAGAACCCAGAGAUGUUCAGACAGACGGCUGGACUCUGGUCACAUGUGUACGCAGGAGCUCCCGUCUCCAGCCCAGACUACACUCGCAAAAUAGACAAACUCUGUGCGAUGGGCUUUGAUAAAAACGCAGUAAUAGUGGCGUUGUCGUCGAAAUCCUGGGACGUGGAGACGGCGACAGAACUGUUGCUUAGCAACUGAGUCCGACCUGAGGGGUCAAAGCACCUUAUCUGACCCAAUCCCACCCCCAAAUCUCCUCCUCAGUCCACACUACCUUCAUCUUUCUGUCUCUCUCGCUCUCUUUCUUUAUCCAUCUUUUGCCAUUCCUCCGUUUGGAUUAGUUCAUCCCAUACUGAGAACGCCGUCAUCUUUAUGUUGUUCUAAACUUGUCUGACUUCAUUUCUUCAGCAGGAGACGUUUAGCUGAAUGUUCACGCUGCUCUUUCUGUGUACAAAGGAACUGGCUUUCCUUGUAUAUUGCAGAAUGGUGUGGAAGCUUGUUUCCGCCAUGAAAUUAAAAAAAUUAUAAUAAUAAUAAAUU